AGAAUCACGAGUAGCAGACAAAAUAAAAAAAAAACAUCUAAAAGAAAGUGGAACAAUUAAAGAGAAGAAAAAUGUUAACAAAUAUGGAAAGUGCCAACAGUGCUAUAUCCGGUAUCGGUAAGGUGCUCACCACCCCCUUCUCGAUAAAUGACAUAUUGACGCGCAACCACGCCAACGAACGCCGCCUAUCGCGCACCGACUCCGAGUUGGAAUUGUCCGCCGUGAAUAUGAGAGGCAGUGAUUCAAGUUUUAAGUGCAAUCUAUCGUUGUCCGAUAAUGUCUCGAAUCCAAGUCCAUCCGAUGUAAAAAUUGAAUCGUCUUUGAGGUCCGGAGGCUAUAGAUCUCAUUUCUAUGCCUCAGCGGCCGCAGCGGCAUCCAAUGCGCAUCACCACUCGGAUUACGUAUCACACAAAUUGGGCUAUUUUGGUGCUGCCGCAGCAGCCGCUGUAUUGGCCGGUGGACGCUCCGAGUGCCCAUUGGAUAUGAGACGUUGUGCCAGCAACGAUUCUGAUUGCGAUUCUCCACCUCCUUCAACUGGCAACACUUCAUCAGGACGUUACACAUCUCCCGUCAACGAUGGUUCUAUGUCACCUCUGCCAGAUGACAUACAAUCGGGCAGCAUGGCUCGCAAAAAGCGUUCCCGCGCCGCAUUCAGCCACGCUCAGGUGUUUGAAUUGGAACGGCGUUUUGCUCAGCAACGUUAUCUUAGUGGUCCCGAACGUUCCGAACUGGCCAAGUCAUUGCGUUUGACAGAGACCCAGGUGAAAAUAUGGUUUCAAAACCGCCGCUACAAAACCAAACGCAAGCAGAUUCAGCAACACGAGGCAGCUCUUAUGAAUGUGGCGGCCAGCAAACGGGUACCUGUUCAGGUGCUGGUAAGGGAGGAUGGCACCACCACUUAUGCCCAUAUGUUUCCCCAUGCUGCCGGCUACCCACAUAGCUUGGAUCCCACGCUCUUGAAUAUCUACCGGCAUCAGUUACAAAUGGCCUAUGGAGUGGGGGUACCCCAAAUGCCUUUUCCCUACUUUCCCUAUUCGCAUGCGGCGGCGGGCAAUGGAAAAAUUCCUCAACCCAUACCGCCACCUUCCAAUGGACACGGCCAACAGGUCCCUACCAUGAACAAUUCUGCAAGUCAUUAUUUGAAUCAGUCAUCAGCAUCGUCAUCUCCAACACAUCUCAACCAUUGUAGUCCGAGUUCAAGUCCUGCGAACAACCCCACCGCCAACGGAACCAACUCCCAGGGAACGACCCGCUGUAAUCCUGCCAAUUAUGAUCUGGCUAUGGAACAGGAUAGUGAAACACAGUCGGGGUCCGAAGAUUGUGAAGAAAAUGUAGAAAUUGACUAA